CACUUAUUGCUUAUGCUUCAUAAUCUCAACACACUCCAAUCUCCAAGCUGCGAUCAACUUCUAACAUAUACAAACCCAACCUUUGCUGAGUCAAAAACCAUGGUUUCUAUUUCGAGUUUCAGUUUCUCGUUGCUUUUGUCUCUCGUAAUUGGCUGUCUGAGGGCAGUAUCUGCCAGCAACUUCAACCAAGAUUUUGACAUCACAUGGGGAGAUGGCCGUGGUAAGAUAGUCAACAAUGGAGAAGUUCUCACUCUCUCCCUUGAUAAAGCCUCUGGUUCCGGUUUCCAGUCCAAGAAUGAGUAUCUUUUUGGCAAGAUUGAUAUGCAGCUCAAGCUUGUCCCUGGCAACUCUGCUGGCACAGUCACUGCCUACUAUUUAUCUUCGAAAGGAUCCACAUGGGAUGAAAUUGAUUUCGAGUUCCUGGGAAAUCUUAGUGGUGACCCUUACAUUCUUCAUACAAAUGUGUUUUCACAAGGAAAGGGUAAUAAAGAACAGCAGUUUUAUCUCUGGUUUGACCCAACUGCAGAUUUCCACACAUAUUCCAUCCUCUGGAAUCCCCAACGUAUUAUUUUCUCUGUGGACGGCACACCAAUUAGAGAGUUCAAAAACAUGGAGUCAAUCGGUGUUCCAUUUCCAAAGAACCAGCCUAUGAGAAUUUACUCUAGCUUGUGGAAUGCUGAUGACUGGGCUACAAGGGGUGGUCUGGUGAAGACAGACUGGACUCAAGCUCCUUUCACUGCCUCUUACAGAAACUUUAAUGCCAAUGCCUGUGUCUGGUCUAAUGGAGAUUCUUCCUGCAAAUCAAAUACCCCAUCUUCUGCCUCAACCAACAAUGCAUGGUUCUCUCAAGAGAUGGAUUCAACAAACCAACAAAGGCUGCAAUGGGUACAGAAGAACUACAUGAUAUACAAUUACUGCACUGACGCCAAGAGAUUUCCCCAAGGUCUACCCCAAGAAUGCAACAUGUCUUAGAGCCAACAAUACCUAUUAAUUAAUCAAAAUAUUCUUUGAAUUUUUUUUUCAUUAUUGCAAUAUUCUUUUGUUGUUCGAGGAUGCUCAUUACUAUCUAUGUAACAUGUUAUAGCCUAGUAUAUAUGAUAAGCAAUGAGAAGAGAAGAAUGUGAAUGUCAAGAAUUAUGUGCA